AUGGCUUCUCAGAAAUGUAUUCCCUUCAUUUUAUUGCUCUUUUCUUUAAGUUUAAUCCUUUGCUCUGCUCAUAGAGUCCUCCUGGAACCCGCAGACGUCCAGAAGCCAGAAAAUAUCCCAAACCCCGAUGGAAUGACAAAACCAUCUGUCGGUGACGGUGGAGGCUUUGGUUGGGGUUGGGGAGGAGGAGGAGGUGGUGGAGGUGGUGGCGGCGGCGGUUACGGUGGUUCUUGUGGAAGUGGAGGUUGUGAUCCACCAGGAAUUCCAGCAUGGUGGAUUGCCCCCGGAAUAACUCCGGGUGGAGGAGGAGGAGGUGGUGGCGGCGACUCUUGUGGAAGUGGAAAUUGUAAAAAAGCAGGAUCUCCAGAGUGGAUUCCCCCAGGAAUAAGUCCUGGUGGAGGAGAUGGCGGUGACCCUUGUGAAAGUGGAAAUUGUAAAAAAUCAGGAUUUCCAGAGUGGAUUCCCCCGGGAAUAAGUCCUGGCGGAGGCGGCAUAGAUGGAGGAAAUGGCGAUGGCUCUUGUGAAAGAGGAAAUUGCAAAAAACCAGGAUUUCCAGUAUGGAUUCCCCCAGGAAUAAGUCCUGGUGGAGGAGGCGGUGGUGGAGGUGGCGGUGACGCUUGUGGUAGUGGAUAUUGUAAAAAAUCAGGAUUUCCAAAGUGGAUUCCCCCGGGAGUAAGUCCUGGUGGAGGCGGCGCAGGUGGAGAAGGCUCUUGUGGAAGUGAAAAUUGUAACAAACCAGGAGUUCCAGGGGGGAUUUUCACCGCUCCUGUUGGAGGAUGCAAUUGCCCAACUCAACCAGUCCCAUAUAUUCCUUGCCCAUAUGAAUGUCAGCAGCCACCAGGUUCUGUCAGCUUUGUUGAAAAAACAAAGCAGAUUGACAAGGAAAAACAGGAUGCUGCUAAUGAUCACGAAAAUGGAAACAGGGAGGAAACAAUGUACCCCAAUUUUGAGAAAUAUGACUAA